AGACCACUGAAGAACUACAGCCCCUACAAUGCAGGUCGCCCACUUCCUGCUUUCUCACUGGGCUGGGCUGGCGCAUCUCGACUGAUCGAGAGUUAGCGGUUCUCAGUACGAAGGUGCUUGGAAGGACACUGUAAACAUUUUAAAAUGACAGAUCGAGUGAACAAUUUCCCCCCUUUGCCUCGCAUUAUACCCCUCAAACCCUGCUUCUACCAGAAUAUCGACGAGGAGAUCCCCCCCCAGCACCGGCAGCUUGUCCGCAGGGUCUACAACCUCUGGAUAUUGUACUCGGCCACCCUGUGCGUGAACAUUAUAUCCUGCAUAGCCUGGUGGGCAGGCGGGGGUAGCGGCAUCAACUUUGGCUUCUCGCUCCUCUGGCUACUGCUGUUCAGCCCCUGCAGCUACACUUGCUGGUUCAGGCCUCUGUACAAGGCGUUCCGGGCGGACAGCUCAUUCAACUUCAUGAUGUUCUUCUUCAUUUUCUUCGCCCAGUGUGUUCUGGUCGUUAUCCAGGCUGCUGGCAUCUCUGGAUGGGGAGCUUGUGGCUGGAUUGCUGCAGUGAUGUUCUUCAGCCAAAACACGGGCUCUGCUGUGGUCAUGCUAUUCUCGGCUGUGCUCUUCACUCUGGUGGCUCUGCUGAUGGUGUUGGUUCUCAUCAGGGUGCACCGCCUGUAUCGUGGAGGUGGGGGCAGCAUCCAGCGUGCACAGGAAGAGUGGAGCACUGGCGUCUGGAAGAGUGCUCCUGUCCGGGAUGCUACCUUCAAUGCGAUUUCUGGCAGUGGGUCUACCCUGCCCGAGUACCCAGCCGCAGUGCCUAGUUACCCCGACCGCAAUCCCUGGUGAUUCCCAAGUUUCCACUAGGUGGUGAACGAUAGGAUUCCCUAUACUCUGAAAUUCUGAGGACCCAAAACAUGGACACAAAUACAUAAAUGAGCUUGUGAGGACAAGGGCUACUUAGGAAGAGAAUGAAUGGCACAUUUGAAUACUAUUGCUUACAGUUGUUCAAUAUUGAUCAUUCCAAACACUUGACAUUCUAAAAAAAAUUCCAUUUUGACUAUGAAAAAGACAAUUUCUGUUAUUCAAAAAUUUUCCUUUCAAAUCCUGCCAAACUGGAGCCUUCUUGUUAGCUAUAAAUACAAGAAUUGCAUGGUAGGCUGGGAGUUUUACAGAUUGUUUACUUCUAUAAUUAUUGAAAAUGUGACACGGUGCCUUCACCACACACACUUCAUCUCCAGGCCUCCCCACAUCAGCGUCAUGUUCACACUAGCUGGUUGGCUUCAGGCACCUACGUGACAUUUCAGAUUAACUCUAAAUUCUGUCUGGAUUUUUCAUUUCUGUCGUAUUAUUUUUUUUAAGUGCGAUACUAGGCAGGAGACUACAUUCCUUAGUACUUUUUUUGACUGAAAUGUAUUCUUUUAUUAAAAUAAAAGUAAUGUAACUAACA